GUGUGAAAGUAAAGAGCUUGAUGUUGAAAUAAGGAACCUGAUAGAGAAGAAUAACACUUACCAGUUGUGCGAGGACCCCAAACCUAUUGCCCAAGAGAGUCUGAACCCUCAGAGAACUUUGUGUUCCCUUAAGACCCAUAGUGAAGCAAAUGCUCAAGGCUGUCUUGGAUGCACGUGGGCAGGUGUGAGUGACAUGGAAGCCCCAGCAGACCCACUAGAACCAAGGCACAUACUACUGACCAAAAACAAGACUGUAUCAGCCAAUUCUCUGCAACAACAGAUCCUCUCACUGGAAAGACAGAGACGAGAGCUUCUGGAGGUGAAUAAGCAAUGGGAUCAUCAAUUUAGAAGUAUGAAACAGCUUUAUGAAAAACAGCUGGCAGAAAUGAAAGCAAAACUGGAUGCGUCAGAGAUGAGACUCGGUGAGCUGGAGGAAGAGAGACAUCGACAGCAUCCAGAAGAGAGGUUGCAAGCCCUGGGCAGAGAGAGGCCAUUGCAGGAAACGAAAGAAUCAAAGGGCCUUAGUGAAGCUCUCCAUGAAAUGAAGGAAGAGAACAAGCUCCUGAAGCAGAAGAAUGCCUCAAUGAUCAGGAAAAAAGAACACUACGAGUGUGAAAUAAGUCGUCUCAAUAAGGCACUUCUAGAUGUGUUGAAAAAGCAGCACGCACCUGUCCUUGGGACUCCUUCAGCGAAGGGUGACAGGAACAGCCUUGAGGACAUGAGAACUCAACUUGAUGUUCUCAGACAGCAGGUACAAAUAUAUGAAGAAGACUUCAGAAAGGAGAGAUCUGACAGAGAAAGACUUAAUGAGGAGAAAGAAGCAUUGCAGAAAAUUAACGAGAGAUUACAGUCUCAGCUGAAUAAACUAAACUCUCAGACAAAAGACCUCCCACCAGACUAUCAGUGGUAUGUUCCUGACCAGUUUCCGCCAGAUGUGCAGCACAAGGCAAAUGACUCAUCCUUGGAGAAGGGAGCCCGUCGCUGA